UAGAAAUAUGGGCUGCUUGCAAGCAAAAGAGAAAUCAUUUAAAACAAAUGUCUACAAGAUGAAAGACUGUGUGAAGUGAGAAUUUUUCAUGAUCGAUUCAAACAACGAAUACUUAGAAGGGCUUGAAUUGAAAAAGCUGCAGUUAAGACAAAAGAAGGCUAAAACUUGUGGGCUUUGUUCAAAGAAAGCAGAUAAACUCACAUUAAAUUCUUUGAAUAAUUCAUCUAAGACUGGCUACUUGACCAGCGAGUCAAUAUUAUUAAAUACUUCAUCUAAAACUUCGGAGGCUAGUUUAAGCUCCACCAGUGUGGAUGAUAAAGAACUUCUAGACUGUUCUCAAUUUUGGAGAAUAUGAGGAAUAUCUGUUCAUUCAGAUGACUAUAUAUCCGGGAUCACCAUACAAUACUGUCUACCAGGUGGGCAGUUAUUUACAAGAGUACACACCUUAACAUCAUCUUUAACCAAGAAAUCAAAAUCCGGAAACUUCGAAGAUCUGAGCGUUGGAAAAUUUAAGAAUGAAACUCUGCUCUUAGAGUACCACGAAUUUCUUACUAAAAUAGUAAUAAAAAGUGAUCAUCAAGGUAUCACUUCGAUCACCUUCGGAACAAAUCUUAAACGGACUGUUUCAGUUAACGGCAGAAAGGACACCGACGAAUGAGAAGAACUCUGACUAGACUUAUCCAAAGAAAAUAGGGUUCUUACUGGAUUUCAGACGAUGUAUAGUUGAAACCUCACCGGGAUUUAUUGUUACACUUCCAAAAUAACUAUUUCUAAAAUGGAGGAUCUCGAGCAAGAACAGAAUUCUUCGGUAGAAACCUUACCUAGCUCUUCUGACUCGAUCAGGAGGCCCACAAAGGUUGUCCCAAGGCAAAAUAAAAAAUCAGUACUUCUAAAGACCAAAAACCUGCAUGAAAAAGAGACUGUGGUAAAACAAGAUUUAAACCGAAUGAACCUGGCAUGCUAAACCGUCCUAUUAUUAUAA